GGGGCGAAGGGCAGGCUGGGAGAGGAGGCGAGUGGGGCCUGCGCGCGUGCGCGGUAGCGAGCUCACGGGCCGGGUGGCUGUGGCUGGCAGGGCCUCAGCGAUUUGAGAGAACAUGCAGGACCCCAACGCAGACACCGAGUGGAAUGACAUCUUACGCAAAAAAGGCAUCUUGCCCUCAAAGGAAGAUUUGAAAGAUCUGGAGAAGGAGGCAGAAGAAGAGGAGCAGCGGAUCCUCCAGCAGUCCAUUGUGAAAACAUAUGAAGACAUGACUUUGGAAGAACUGGAGGAUAAUGAAGACGAAUUUAAUGAGGAAGACGAACGUGCAAUUGAAAUGUACAGGCAGCAAAGACUGGCCGAGUGGAAAGCAACCCAGCUGAAGAAUAAAUUUGGAGAGGUUUUGGAAAUCUCGGGAGAGGAUUAUGUUCAGGAAGUUACGAAAGCCGGUGAGGGCCUGUGGGUCAUCCUGCAUCUUUACAAGCAAGGGAUUCCCCUCUGUGCUCUGAUAAAUCAGCACUUCAGUGCACUUGCCAGGAAGUUUCCUGAUGUCAAGUUUAUCAAAGCCAUUUCAACCACCUGCAUCCCCAAUUACCCUGAUAGGAAUCUGCCCACGAUAUUUGUGUACCUCGAAGGUGACAUCAAGGCCCAGUUUAUCGGCCCUCUGGUGUUUGGUGGCAUGAGCCUGACGCUGGAUGAGUUGGAGUGGAAGUUGUCUGAGUCUGGAGCCAUCAAGACGAGCCUGGAGGAGAACCCCAGGAAGCCCGUGGAAGACGUGCUGCUGUCCGCGGUGCGGUGCUCCGUCCCCGCCAGGAGGGACAGCGAUUCCGAGGAUGACUGAGGCCGUGGCCCUGGCAACCUGCUGAACUUUCUCGAAGUGAUACAGCGUCUGAACUUUUUUUAAAAAAGGAGAAAGUACGAACGUAUACUGUGGUUUUUUUAGUCUUUUAUAUUAUGUUCUGAAUCUCAUAGAUCUCAGAAAUAAUCAUUGCUGGGAAUCCUUUUAAAUUUCUGGAAACUUUUUAAAUUAAUAGUAUUUCCUUAAGAAAAAAAUAAAAGCCAGAUAUUAGUUUGGCA